UCCUCUGAGGGCGCACUAAGCGUCACAGAGCGCAGCAACCAGCUCGACUCUGAACCAGUUACUUUCCGUCGAAAGCGGACUAAACUUUAACACAAAGUCACUUUUACUUUCCCUUUUUUAAAAAAAAAAACAUUUCUGGACCAUCUGCGGAAUCAGCAGUGUUUUACUUUUGUGUUUCUGUGCCACGGCAUUUCGUCUGUUUGUGGAGUUUAAGGCAGGACCGGAAGUGAACAGGUGUCUAUACACCAGGUGUUGAUACACCUGUUAAGAAUCGACUCACCAACCAGAAGUAUGAUUUGAAACGUAAACAUGCGAACAAUAUUCACUUUGUACGACAUAAUGCGGGAUAUUCGAGUCGAACCGUGAAGCAACAUGCGUUUGUGAGCUCGGGCAUCUUUACGCGUUGUAAUCUUCACCAAGAUAAGGAGCUUAAAAAAAGGGGUUCUUAUGGGGAAUCAAGUGGAAAAACUGACCCAUUUAAGUUACGACGAAGUUCCUACAGUCGACCCGAAUGGUUACGAGGAUGACGACGGUCCGCGGAUCGGAGUCUCGUAUAUUUUCUCCAACGACGGCGAGGAGGAGGAAGAGGAAGAGGAACACCCUGAAGAGAAAGGUGAUGAAGAAGUGCGCGACAUGGAGUGCGCGGUGUAUUACCGAGAUGAGUGUGUUUACGAGCGGAAGAACACAGACAUGGGAUCUUUAGAAUCGUGUGAGAACUUGCUGAACAGAUGUAAACCAGGUGACUUGGUGGAGUUCAUGGCAGCUGGUCAGUAUCCUCACUGGGUGGUUUGUACAGGAGACUUUCAGGUGGUCCACUUGCACAGGAGUGAGAUUAAAAUGGAUCACCUGUCCCACGCUGCUCAGGGCAAACGGGGACGGAUCGUGAACGACUUGUACAAAUUCCGUGCCUUGAAUCCUGAUGUAGUCGUAAAGAACGCGCUUGAUCAAAUGGGGAUGAAGGAGAGCAGCGUGUGUUGGAGGAACUCGGAGUGUUUUGCUGCAUGGUGCAGGUUUGGUAGACGGGAAUUUAAAACGGGUGGAGAGCUGCGCAUAGGCAAGCAGCCUUACAGGAUGAAAUUACAGCUCUCUGAAAAGAAGAGCCACGACCUGGAGUUUCAGAGUCUGGAGGAUUUGAUCAUGGAAAAGCGCAGGAACGAUCAGAUCGGUAGAGACGCCGUGAUCCAAGAACUGGCGAAUCAUCUCAACUCUAGUGAAGAAGUCAACAGCGAUUGCAGUUGUGAUUGAUUUGAUUCGUAAAAUACUUUUUUUUUUUUGAUAUAUGGACAGAUUUAUAUAGAUGACCAAGCUUUAAAGUAUCUGUGAGCAGUUUAUCCUAAAGUUAUAACCAUGUCUCAUGAUUGAUUGCAAUAUCCUUUAGGAUUCACACACGGCAUCUUGUGUACAACGUUAUUAAUUGUUUGCAUAUGUUGGCUAUUUAGAAUAUAGAGAUAAGACGGAAGUUUGAACAGGAGCAAUAUGGACAACAUUUUUGUAAAUCCGACAUGUCAUUUACACUGAUGAUGCAUUAAUCACUCAGAAUGCCAGCGAUGUUCUCGUCCCUGCCCUGCAGUGAUUCACCAAAGUUAAGGUUUCCUGUAAAGUCCUGAUUUAUCAUCUUGUUUUAUGUGUUGGUCUUAUCUCCGUGGGCACAGCCACAGCACAUUUCAAUGGAUCAGUAAAACAUUUGUUUACAUUCACUGCAUUACUACAUUAAUCAUAGUCAUGUUCUUCGAGAUCAGUGAUUAUAAAUAGGAUACAUGAUUUUGCGAUAAACUUGCUUUAUAUAAUACACUAUAACUUGUGCUACAAUAACAGCAAUGUAUUUUUGUUUUCAUGAUUAGUUUGUUGUUAAACCAAACCAUCCAUUCAGCUAAAAUAUGUAAGCUCCCUGUUGCGAUCUCGGUCAUGCCUAAAGUGACCUGUGUACUUUUUUUUUUUACAAUGGAAAUAAAUUAUAUUUGGAAUAA